CUUACAUCCGAAACUGCGCAGGGUCGACAAGAGAAGGAAUUUCGGUAACUUAUUUGUUUGUAUACGACACUUGGGAGCAUCCAUCUAUUCUUUCACAUUUCCGUUAGUCUAAAAGGGGAACCCCUUCAUUCGACAUGCAUUCUUUCGUAGCUGGAACCUAGUAUAUUUUCUCUGGGAAGUCCUCUUCAAAGGAUACAUGAGCCGAGGGCCUUGUUCAGGGCAGAUAUCAACUAUAUAUCUUUCAUUGGUGGUCUAACUCGAAGGAAAUACCUACAAUGGUGUCGAACGGUACCGAGUGUGGGGGUCAAGAUGAAUGGUCCCCCUCAUCUUGGCGAUCAAAGCCAAUAAAACAAGUCGUCACAUACGAUUCUCAAUCCGCACUAUCAGCCGCCUUGGCCAAGCUCUCGUCUCUCCCACCCAUCGUUACGCCCACCGAAAUCGUCAAGCUAAAGUCCAGCUUAAAAGAUGCUGCAAUGGGAAAGGCCUUCCUUCUUCAAGGCGGAGAUUGUGCCGAACUCUUCUCGUACUGCUCCGAUGAUCCGAUUGACUCGAAGAUCAAACUGCUCCUUCAAAUGAGUUUAGUUCUGAUUUGGGGUUCAAACAAGCCCGUAAUUAGAAUCGGCCGAAUGGCUGGUCAAUUCGCCAAGCCUCGGUCAAGUCCCACGGAAAUGGUCGACGGGAAGGAGAUCCCUAAUUUCAGAGGCGAUAUCCUGAAUGGCUUUGAUCCCGCGGCGAGAAACCCUGAUCCUGAGAGGCUGGUUAGUGCGUACUUUCACUCUGCGACGACGUUGAACUAUGUUCGUGGACAACUGGCAAGCGGAAUUGCGGAUCUGCAUAAUCCGCUUGACUGGGGGCUUGGCCAUGUUCGAGAUAAAGGGUUACAGGAGAGGUACAAGAAGAUCGUACAUAGUAUAUCGGACUCUCUGCGCUUCAUGAGGACCGUAGGUGCAGAUACGGCUGGGCAACUGCAGACGGUCGAUCUGUUCACCAGCCAUGAGGGAUUGGUGUUGGAGUAUGAACAGAGCCUUACUAGGCGCCUCAAGCAUCCUGCUGGGAGCAUUUCUUACAGUAGCUCGACCGAUGGCAAGGGCUGGUACAACACUUCAGCGCAUUUUCUCUGGAUCGGAGAUCGUACCCGGCAAAUUGACGGAGGGCAUGUCGAAUACUUCCGAGGCAUUGAAAAUCCAAUUGGGAUCAAGGUUGGACCAUCAAUGAAGUCGGAUGAGCUUGUCAAGCUCCUCGAUAUUGUGAAUCCGACGAAGGAGAUUGGGAAAGUGACACUAAUCACACGGUACGGAGAGGGGAAAGUGGAGUCAAUGCUAGGGCAGCAUAUUGAAGCUGUUAAAGCUGGUGGACAUGUGGUUGUCUGGCAAUGCGAUCCAAUGCAUGGAAACACCCGCAGCACGCCAACCGGCAUCAAGACUCGCUCUUUCAGCAGCAUUUUCUCAGAACUCUCAUCCGCUCUGAAGAUCCACAAGGAGCACAGAUCUUUCUUAGGAGGUAUGCAUCUUGAGUUAACUGGCGAUGCUGUCACGGAAUGUACGGGUGGAAGCGAAGGACUUGAAGAUGAGGAUUUAAGUCUCAAUUACACGACGUACUGUGAUCCAAGGCUAAAUGAAAAGCAAGCGCUAGAAUUGGCGUUUUUGGUUGCAGGACAUUAUCGUGAGGAUGGAGAGCUCUGAGGGUAGAAGGAUUGGGGGCCGGUUUGGCGUCAAAAAAGCAUGUGUGUAUGACUACAAGGUGGCACUAGAGAAUGGUUUCGAGCCUUAAUAAACACUCUCC